AUGUGUUAGCUACAGAUCGCAGUAGCGGUGUAGCAGCUCCAAUAUCGAGUCAAGGGUUCAUGUGUUAGGAAAGAACAGCGGCAUCCCAGGACUUCUUCACGCUUGCCCAGAACCCUGCUGAAAGCGAGCCACUGCAAGCUACGGCCACGACCUUCCAGCGGACCACGGAUAACAUAUAAUAAAGGGCACACCGCAGUACUUUAUUGCUUUCCCCCGUCUUCUUAACCUGUAAAUGCAGCCCUCCUCCCUCUGCCAGCCUCGAGAGCAGCCCUGGUCCUGCUGUCACGGUUGAUGCUCUUGUUGUUAUUUAUUAUACUAGCAGGGCAAAGCCUCAAAAUAAGGAGAGCAAAAGAAAGGGGCGUUGGAAGAGAGACCCGACACACAGAGAGAGUAGUAAGGAGAUCUGGAUAAAGCAGGAGAAAGCCUCCAGCUUUUUUUGUGGAUUUAUCCUUAAGCAACGAUGGAUUGGCUUAUGGGGAAGUCUAAAACGAAGCCCAAUGGUAAGAAGCCACCUACAGAGGAAAAGAAGCUCUACCUAGAGAGCGAAUACACUAAAGUCAGGGUCACCGAUAUAGACCUGAAGGAGUUGGUCGUGCUACCCCGAGAAAUCGAUCUCAACGAAUGGCUAGCAAGCAAUACAACAACCUUCUUCAAUCUCAUAAACCUACAGUAUAGCACAAUCUCAGAGUUUUGUACUGGGGAGACCUGUCAGGCCAUGUCGGCAUGCAAUACACAAUACUACUGGAACGAUGAGAGGGGAAAGAAAACCAAGUGCACCGCCCCACAGUACGUCGACUUCGUCAUGAGUUUGGUGCAGAAGCUGGUAACAGAUGACGACAUCUUUCCAACAAAAUACGGGAAAGAGUUCCCCAACUCGUUCGAGUCGCUAGUGAAGAAGAUCUGUAGGUACCUGUUCCACGUGUUGGCACACAUCUACUGGGCACACUUUAAGGAGACAGUGGCGCUGGACCUGCAGGGACACUUAAACACACUCUACGCACAUUUCAUUGUAUUUAUAAGGGAAUUCAACUUGGUGGACCCCAAGGAGACCUCCAUCAUGGACGACCUGAGUGACGUCCUCUGUAGCAUCUCGGCUGACGCCCAGAACCACGUGAAGGAGAGAUGAACUCUCCCCGCUGCCUUCCUGGUGCUAUGGCGAGGAAUAAAAAAACAAAACAAAUGAAAAGAACAAUAUGGGACAGUAGUAGCUCUUUAAGAAAAAAAAUUACAAAAAUCUAGACUGAGUAAGAAAGGACCCGUGCAGGGAGAUGCGAGUGAGCUUUCCCAAGGCAAACCUGCUGCCCGCCGUUUCAUUAAAAACAAACCACGCUUUUUUUAUUUUAUUCUUUUUUUUUUUUUUUGGAACAUUAAUUCACUCUCCUUUUCUCACCCCUUUUCUGUGCCUCAGAUUUGGAUGGUGGUGCUGCCACUUUUUAAUGUAUUAUUGUGUAAUGUUAUAAAAAAAAAAAAAAAAAAAAAAAAAAAACUUUUAAUUUGUAGUGGCUUCUGCUUAAUACCACAGAUGGAGAGGGGGUGAGUUAACGGCUUCUGGGAUGUUGCUGUUGAUUCACACUAUCUCCCAUCUACUGCGAUAUUCAAGAAUGCAUCUGUCUGAAAGAGAGGACUCCCAGUUAGGUUUUUAUUUUUGUAAUUCAGUUAAAUCAGCUGGUAACCCCUUUUAAUGCAGGUGGAUGAGCCCUGGCUUCAAUGAGCAGUAAGGGACAUGGUGUGUUGAGGCAGGGUUAAAUAAAUAAAUAGAAGAGCCAUUUCAAAAGUUAAGCCCCUUUUUAAGACUGCACAGUUGGCAGUGAAAGGGCGCUGUUUUUUUUAUUUUUAUGUUACUUCACCAUAGCUCCUGUUUAGAAAAGAAGCAUACAUAGGACAAAGACAAAGCAUUGUCUGCAAAUGUGUACAUGUUCCAGUGUUGAGAUUCACUGAAAGGGAGGGUUAAGGACCAUUCUUAGCUUUAUGUUUAGAGUGGCAGACUGUGGAUAAGUUAAAUACCUCUGCACGUGCAGAUUGGUAUGUUUGGUCUCUGGAGGAACACGUUUAACUGACCACACCUGAAAAAAUAAGAGGGGGAAAUGAGUAAAGCAUGAGUCAUGGCUGCCGUGCCGGUUUAUUUAAUGCAGAAUUUUGUUUGGCAAAAGAGACCCCUCCCUAGGACUUUUAAAUUGAUUUUUUUUUUAUAUAACAAUAAACAUAAUAAUAGUAAAUUAUUUUUAAAAUAAGUGGAUUAUUUAAAGAGCAGGGUGAAUAAGAUAGGUGACAGGUGCUGUGGUGGCGGUUCACCACUUGGUUCUUACCUGCCGAGCCCUGACGUGAGAAUUCUGAAAAGGUGCAGUUCAAUAUUUUUGUAUUAUUAUUAUUAUUUUGACAUUUUGCAGGGUUUUCAGUUCUAGCUUUUAUGUUUUAUGUAUUUAAAUAAUUAUAAGUUAAAAGCAAUUUAAUAUUUUACGCUCUGUGAAUUAUAAUCUACUAUCUAAUAAAAGAUAAAUGCAA